UUAUCAAUUUCAACAUCGUAUCGCAAUCUCUCAUGAAACUGCUUACCUUUUCUCUCUGCUCCCACCAUGACCGUCGAGGACACCGACGAGACGAGGCCGCUGCUUGCCAAUGCCAAUGCCAAUGGAGGAGAUAAAUCUGCAAGGGCAUUAGCUGCUGUGGUCAUUCCCAUGUCGGUUGGGGUAUUUCUCGCCGCCAUGGAUGGGACAAUUGUCGUUUCAUCAUACGCUGCCAUCGGGAGUGAGCUCCAACAGCUCCAAAAGACGAGCUGGAUCGCCACGGGGUACAUGCUCACCCUCACCAGCUUUCAACCGUUGUACGGCAAACUCAGCGACAUAUUCGGGCGCAAGACCUGCCUGCUGACCGCGUAUUGCAUCUUCGCUGUUGGCAGUCUCUUGUGUGGGAUCUCGGAGAGUAUGAACGCGUUGAUCGCCUCACGUGCCCUAGCGGGUAUCGGCGGUGGGGGAAUGUCAACGGUCGUGAGCAUUAUCAUGUCCGAUAUCGUGCCCCUCCGGAGUCGGGGGACCUGGCAGGGUAUUAUCAAUAUCGUAUUUGCGACAGGGAGCGCAGUCGGCGCGCCUCUUGGGGGAAUACUGGCUGAUACAAUUGGUUGGCGCUGGGCAUUCCUUAUGCAAGUCCCUAUUGCACUCGUUGCUAUCAUUUCUGUCUCUGUGGCUUUAAGAAUACCCUUGCCCUCCAAUGAUUCCAGCUUGAAGAACAAGAUUUGCCGCGUAGAUUUCCUGGGGGCGUUCACUCUCGUCCUGACGGUACUCCUCCUCCUCCUCGGGCUCGAUAACGGAGGAAACGUCUCCUGGUCGGCACCGCUCACCAUCAGUACCCUUGUCAGCUCAGCAGUGUUCUUCGUUCUGUUCGCCAUCACAGAGCACACUGCACGCGAACCACUUGCGCCAGCUCGAAUUAUUCUCUCCCAUGCGCUCACCCCAUCAUAUCUUGUCAAUUUCUUUGGAGUGGCGGCAAGCAUGUGUAUGCUAUUCCACCUCUCGUUGUACUUGCAGGCUGUGUGCGGGUUCUCCGCUAGCCGGGUGGGGGCAUGGUUCAUCCCGAGCGUCUUGGGUGGCGUAUCAGGGAGUUUGAUUGGCGGCAUAAUCAUGCAGGCCACGGGGAAGUUUUAUUGGGUCACGGUUGCAGGGUACCUUUUACUUCUGAUGGGAACCUUGCUCGUGGUGUUGAUGAGUGGUGUGGUGGUGAGCUCCUUGGUGGGCUUGGUGGUGGGCUUGGUGAUAGCAAGCGUAGGCAAUGGGGGUGGUAUAACGACCUCACUCAUCUCUCUAAUUGCCAAUGCUGGACAUACUGAUCAGGCGAUCGCUACAGCAGUAUCCUACCUCUUCCGUUCCCUUGGCUCCGUCGUAGGUCUCUCAGUCGGCAGCACGCUCGUCCAAGGAACACUGCGUGCUGCGCUCAAACGGGAGUUGAUUGGAGAGGAUGUGGAUAUCGAUGAACUUGUCCGCCAAGUAAGACAUUCUCUUGACAGCAUCGCCACACUUCCGCAAAAUCUUCGUGUGAUUGUGAGGCACGCGUAUGGGGAGGCGAUACAUGUUGUGUUUUGGUUUACUAUGGCCCUUGCGGGGGUCGCAGUGGUAGCAGCGGUCUUCAUAAAGGAGAUACCGUUGACACCAAAGGUGCAGGAUGAAGGCGAAAGGCAGGAAGAGUGAUUAUAUGAAUUAAAUUCAUCAUUUUUGUUGUAAGUUGAUUCUAGAAGUUUGCCUCUUAUGCAUUGGAUGCAAAAUUUUGCGUUAUAAGCAAAUUCUGUCGCGAACUUCAGAUAGUGCUUGUUUAGUAAAAAGGAUUGC